AUGGAAAUAACUAUUUUUGAAAAUCGAAUGGAAACUAAUGCUAUACAGGAAAGGCUUUCCUUGAUUGUGGACUGUCUUCACCCCUUAUUGUUUAUGGAAAAGUGUUUUGGGACCUUUCGUUUCUGUCAAGUAAGAGGAUCUUUGAAUCCACCCACAUUUAUGACUAAGGCGUAUGCAAUGGCUCUGUUAAUUGUCAUCUGCAUUUCAUAUGUAGCAGCAUUGUGUGUGUCACAAUCACCGUACGGUAUUGAUGGUAUAAAAUUCGAACUGCCAAAUGCGGCACCAGUCUUACUCGUAGUGAUUCAAUUUGUAAUAUCAAUGUUAGUGCCUUUUAUGUUCUCGAAGGAGAAUGUUAUCAUUGUGAAAUCAUUGGCCCAAAUAGAUCACCUGUUAGAUGUUGACGAAAAACUCUAUAGUAAAAGUAAACGAAGAAUUCUGGUGAAAUUAAUAAUUUUCAGUAUUAUUUUAAUUUUAAGUAUGGUAUACGAAUUUUAUAAUCAAGAUAUCUUAUCAGUUACUGUACCGUUCACAUCACUAAUUAAAUACGGAGAAAAACUACGAAUAUUUUCAUUUUAUGUAUACAUUAGCUUGAUAACAGAGAGGAUUAAUAUUCUCAAUAAGUAUAUAAUGUCUAUUAGCGUUAUUGGAUGUAGUAAAGUAAAUGAAAGUUCCAUAUUUGUUAUAAGACCAAAGGUCGCUAAAACCAUUGAAAUUAAAAGUUUAUCAAAGUCUUUCUAUUUGAUUGGAAAUACACUUCUAUUAGUAAAUUCAGUGUUCGAAGUCUGA